UGCACUGGAUUUUGAUACAAAUGGAUCGUCGUCAUCAUCAUCAGACGCAGGAUAUCCAGCUCGCGCGCUGUUCUUCGCCGAGCGAUGCGACCGGCGAUUCGCGUCGACUGGAGAUGUGCCCGUCUCUGUACCUCGCUGCCUACCACGGGCGAGUCGAGGAGGUGAUGGCGCUCCUUGUGCAGCCACGGCACCGUGCUGCUGCACACGGAGAUCAUCAAGUCAAUGAAAACGACUCGCUUCUCUGGAGUAAUUUUCAGCGCGGACAGUGCGACCUGCUCGAGGUGAGCGCGGAGAGCAACAACGCUCUUCACGUCGCGGCGGAGCAAGGGCACGGCGAGCUGAUCCAGGAGCUCUACCACAGGUUCAUCAAGCACGGUGGCUUCCUCUCUCGCCGGAACUCGGCGCUGGACACGCCGCUGCACUGCGCGGCGAGGGCGGGGCGCCUCGCCGCCGUGGAGGUGCUGCUAAACCUUUCCCGGGACAGUGGGGGGAGUAUCCUAAACAGCAAGAACGAGGCCGGGGACACCGCCCUGCACCUGGCGGCGAGGCACGGCCAUGGCGCCGCCGUGGAGGCUCUGGUCGCGGCACGGGCGUCGGCGUCCGAGCUGAACAACGCUGGCGUGUCGCCGCUGUACUUGGCGGUGAUGAGCAGGUCGGUGACUGCCGUCAGAGCGAUAACUACCAGCACCUGCGGAGAUGCAUCAUCCGACGGGCCGAGCUCGCAGAAUGCUCUGCACGCGGCCGUCUUCCAGAGCUCAGAAAUGGUUGACCUGAUAUUGAAAUGGAAGCCGAGUCUCGCCGGCCAGGUCGACGUCGACGGCAGCAGCCCGCUCCACUUCGCGUCGUCCGACGGCGACCGCUCCAUCGUGAGCGCGAUCGUGCGCGCCGCACCGCCGGCGACUGUGUUCUCGAAGGACUCGGACGGCCUCUCGGCCAUCCACGUCGCGGCGCGGAUGGGCCACCACCAUGUCGUCAAGGAGCUGGUUAAGGCCUGGCCGGACGCCGCCGAGCUCCGGGACGGCCAUGGCAGGACCUUCCUUCACGCCGCGGCCAAGAACGGGCACGCAUCGGUCAUCUCGCUCGCCAUCAAGAACCCGAUGCUCGCCGGCCUCAUCAACGCGCAGGACAAGGACGGCAACACGGCACUCCACCUCGCGGUGGCUUCGGCGGCGUCCCCUGUCUCGAAGGGACUAGCCAAACUGCUCUCCGCGGGAGAAACCCUACGAACCAACAUCAUGAACAACGAUGGGUGCACCCCAUUCGAUCUCGCCGCUAAAUCAUCUAGUUUCCUCCCCAUGAUAAGCCUCGUGGUGACAUUGACUGCCAACGGGGCGAAAUUCCGGCCGCAAAGGCAAGAUCAGGUCAAUCCAUGGAAAGGCCGGCGCGACACGACCGAGUGGAUAAGGAAGACGUCCAACAGCCUCGCCGUGGUGGCCAUCCUCAUCGCCACCGUCGCCUUCUCCGCCACCUUCAACGUGCCCGGCGGCUACGGCGACGACGGCAAGGCGGUCCUCCGCGGGAAGACCUCCUACAACUUCUUCGUCCUCUUCGACGGCGUCGCCAUGACCGUCUCCGUGGCCGCGGUCAUGCUGCUGGUGUACGCGGAGGCGUCAGCCUCAUGGGAGAGCUUCAUCUUUGGCCUGCACUGCUUGUGGUUCUCGCUGAUCAGCAUGGUCGUGGCCUUCUGGGCGGCUCUGGCUGCUGUGACCGGCAGAACGACGAUCAACACCGUGACGUACCAGGUCAUAAACUUGGGGUUCUAUUUCUUGGUCUGCUUCAUCGUGUAUUCGACUCAGCCAGCGACGUCCUCGACCAGCAUGGUGAAGUUUAUGUGGAGCAGGUUAUUCUCGCCUCGAAGACACCGCUCGCGUGUGUCUCGUCACUAUCCUCUCGCCGGCGCUUUCUUGCGCAACCUGUCCGCCUUCGUUGUCGUUAACAUCUUGGCGUAUAUUGGUGCCCAGAUCGCAGUUCAGAAAACCUAGAUCUGAAUAUCGAUCAGUUCAUGCCGUUCAUUGCAUAUACACCGUGGAUUAGCAAUUUUAGAAUGUAUCAGGAGGUACCACUAAUUUUUAUAUAAAAUUUGGUAUCUCUUAAUAUCUCUUCAAGUAUUA